AUGGAUCCUAGAAAGUUUUUAAAACGACUUGCCCGUGAGCUUGGUUUAUUGCGAAACGAUGAGUCAAGUUCGACGGCGGAGCAAAAGGUUUCUCAACCUGAAAACUUCCAACAUCGUGUUCAUGUGGCCCUGGAUGAAAAUUCAGGUGGAUUUGUUGGUUUACCGCCACAAUGGAAACAGAUCGUUGAAAAAACUAAAUCGGAUGGAGAUUCGCUAAAUGAAAACGCUCGUUCUGCGUCGGGAACACGCUUCGCGCAAAGACUGCGCCACAAAAGCGACGAUCGCCGCGCGUUAGAUCGCACUUACUUGAGAACAAGCAGAGAAAAUUUCGCAAGUCUUGCCGCUUCUUUGGACACGCCGAGGUCAAGAGCUAGUGUCGCUGACAGUCAAGAUUUAAUCAUUGAAAGGCUAAAACGCGAGCUAAGAGAGUAUAAGGCACGGAAUCCACAGGGGAUUACCGAAUCUACCGAAGAUGUGUUUGGACGUAGCACAAUGCAAGACCUUAAUAUUGCCUCGCAAUCAAUGGCAUCGUCAUCUAGGCUUGUCGUAUCAAAUCAUGGAAGAUUUAACAGUACACUUCCGAGGUCGUACGUGAGUAAUCCACAUAAAUUUGAUGAAUCAGCUGCAGAAGACGAAGGGCGAUCUUCAAUAGGCAAUCAUGUAAAUUCUGGACUGGGGGAGUCAUCUAAAAACGCGCUCUCACCGAUGAGGAAUCGAAACUCAAAUGGCGCGAUUCCAAAUCAUGGAAGAUUUUAUAACAGUACACUUCCGAGGUCUUACGCGAAUGAUUCACAUGAAUUUGAUGAAUUAAUAGAAGACGAGGAUUUUCCUAGUCAGCAUGAAGAGCGAUCUUCAAUAAGCAAUCAUAAGAAUUCUGCAGAGUCAUCUAAAAACAGGCUCUCACCGAUGAAGAAUCGAAACUCACAUGGCGCGAUUCCAAGCCAAUCCCUAACGAAACUCAACGGCGUAAGGGCAAAUGGAAACGUAAGAGCCUUACGAAGAUCCGAAAGUGAGGUUUAA